GCAGCCUGGGGAUGAGGACCCCGAGUAGUCAAGGUGUCAGUGCUCUUUGCUCUUGAAUUGAUUAAAACGUCUAAUUAAAUGUAUAUGUUUUUCUCAUACGGAUUGUACCCGAAAACUAUUGGACGAGGAUACACUAGGAAGGUCUUAAUUUUGCGUUUGCUGGGCAGGUUUUCAGUUCUGGAUUCUUUUCUGGCUUAUCCUAGGACACCAGUGAGUCGUGGGGCUUCACGCUCGCAGUCUUUAAGUGGGCAGUGCGCAUGCGCCAGCUUCCUCUUUUUCCGGCUGGAACCAUGGAGGGUGCCGAAGAGAAGAAAAAGAAGGUUCCUGCUGUGCCAGAAACCCUUAAGAAAAAGCGAAGGAAUUUCGCAGAGCUGAAGAUAAAACGCCUGAGAAAGAAGUUUGCCCAAAAGAUGCUUCGAAAGGCAAGGAGGAAGCUUAUCUAUGAAAAAGCUAAGCAUUAUCAUAAGGAAUACAGGCAGAUGUACAGAACUGAGAUUCGAAUGGCUAGGAUGGCGAGAAAAGCAGGCAACUUUUAUGUACCUGCAGAACCCAAAUUGGCAUUUGUCAUCAGGAUCCGAGGUAUCAAUGGUGUGAGCCCAAAGGUCCGAAAGGUGUUGCAGCUUCUUCGCCUUCGCCAGAUCUUCAAUGGAACCUUUGUUAAGCUCAACAAG